AUGAUAUUGUUCUUACAGAAAAUUCCACAUUUUGCAUACAGCGACGAGAUUGAUGUGUCCCAAUUGGUACAGCUCCGGGACGCGCUCAAAGCAGAAGCCCUGGCCCAGGGAGUGAAGCUGACUUAUAUGCCUUUCUUUGUGAAGGCCGCUUCCAAUGCCCUCAAGCAGUUCCCCAUCAUAAACAGCUCCUUCGACGAGGCCAACGAAUGUUUAAUUUACAAGUCGUACCACAACAUCAGCAUCGCAAUGCAUACCCCGCAGGGUCUGGUUGUACCUAACGUCAAGAACGUUGAGCAGAAAACAAUUCUGGAAAUUGCAGCCGAUAUGAAUGCCCUGCAGGAGCGGGGCGCCAAAGGCGCUCUCACACCAGAUGAUUUUCUCAAUGGAACAUUUUCGCUGUCCAACAUAGGAAUCGUCGGCGGAACCUACACGCACCCCUGCAUCAUGCCCCCACAGGUCGCAAUUGGUGCUAUCGGGAAAACUAAGCUGCUGCCCCGAUUUGAUGCCUCGGGAAGCGUGAUCGCGGCGCACAUCAUGAACGUCAGCUGGUCGGCCGACCACCGGGUAAUCGAUGGAGUGACUAUGGCCAGCUUCUCGAACGCGUGGAAGAAACUGCUUGAAAAUCCCCAACUUUUUCUGCUGACAGCAAAAUAA